CACACUAUUUUCAAAAUUUAACUUCAGUUACUGCCAGUUAUUCAAGAGACGACGAGACGAGCGUUUUUGCCUUUUUAUCUCAAAACUAAAAACGUAAAUGGAAUUGAUUGAGCUACUAUCAAGACGUAGGGCUCAACCUCUCUGGCUCUUUAAGAACAAAAUAGUGAAAUGUAGAGUGUCGUUUGUCGUCGUCAUUCUUAUUUCGCUCACAUUUAUUGCGGCACAGUUUCUGUACAUCACCCCAACGUCAGUCCAUCGUCCAAAAACGAAAAUUGAAUUUGUGAACAAAGAUUUCUGUGUUCUGUCCACAGCAGAAAAUAAUAAUUUGAGAACGGUGGUGAUUGUGGUGUUGUCGGCACGGAAUCAUUUCGAUCGAAGAAACUUAAUCCGCCAAACGUAUGGCUCUGUUCGAAAGGCAUUCAAUGUGCAUGUUUUAGGCGUAGUUUUUAUGUUGGGAAAUUUGGAUGCACCCGGAAGUGAUGUGACUGACGGCUAUAAAUUACGAGAAGAGAUCAAUCCGUUUGGUGACAUUGUUGUGGGUGACUUUGUUGAUUGCUAUAGAAACUUGACGCUCAAAACGAUUAUGGCUUACGAGUGGCUAACCUCUUAUUGUAGAGACGCUCAGGUGGUGGUGAAGACCGAUGACGAUGUCUUUGUGAAUAUAUUUGAACUAGCGAAAGAAUUGGAUUCAUGGUCACAAGCUGAAAUCGUAUCAUCAAACAUUUGGUGUAUUGUAGACAGAAACGAACCGACAGUCAAGGAUAAGAAUAGCAUAUAUUAUGCUUCACCGCUAGAUUUUCCGACCGGCGUAUUUCCAGAUCAUUGUGAAGGACUGGCUUAUAUCACACCGAUUGGUGUAAUUGAUCGAAUUAUAAAUGAAAUUCGGCAGUCAUUUCCGGGAACGGUUUGUACUCAUGAAGAUGUAUUUAUGACGGCAGUGGUUCGACAGCACAUCAAUUCAAAUUCGAAUUACUUCUGGCGAAAACCUGAACCCAUUGAGAUCGUCAACAAAAAACAUUUUUGGAGAAGCUUAGAUUUGCAAGAUGGUAGAGGUGAUGAGGACUAUUUUCUGAGAAAUCUCAUCAAAAGUACGUCAAUCGACGCUGAUAGUUUGCAGAAGUUUCGUAUAUGGUACGACAAAAAAAUAUUCUAUUUAAUUACUCAUUCAGAUGAUUUCAGUGAUCAAUACGUUCGACUAUGGAAAAUUGUAAGCGCGGCAUCUGAAACAGAUAUUCUAUAAGAAAUUGUACUCCUAUUUAUAAGAAAAAGAUUUUUUUUAAGUUGAAUAGUAAAAAUUCUC